AUGUCCCAGCCCCGGGCCGGCAGGAGGAGACCUGGGACCCCGGGGCCUCGGGUGCGCAGCAUCCAGCCCUUCAAGUCCAGCGAGCAGUACCUAGAAGCCAUGAAGGAGGACCUGGCUGAGUGGCUUCGGGAGCUCUACGGACUGGACAUCAGCGCAGCCAACUUCCUGCAGGUGCUGGAGACAGGCCUGGUCCUGUGCCAGCAUGCCAACGCCAUCACCGAGGCUGCCCUGGCCUUCCUGGCUGAGACACCUGCCCAAGCCCAAAGACUUCCCCUGCCCCGGGCCGGGGUCUCCUGUAACAAGGCUGCCCAGCCUCGCACUUUCCAGGCCCGGGACAACAUCUCCAACUUCAUCCAGUGGUGUCGCAAGGAGAUGGGCAUCCAAGAGGUGCUGAUGUUCGAGACGGAGGACCUCGUGUUGCGCAAGAACGUGAAGAACGUGGUGCUGUGCCUGCUGGAGCUGGGCCGCCGGGCCUGGCGCUUCGGCGUCGCGGCGCCCACCCUGGUGCGGCUGGAGGAAGAGAUCGAAGAGGAGCUGCAGCUGGAACGGGCCCUGCCUCCGCCCAACCCCCCGCCGCCGGAGCCCCCCGCGCGCAGGCCCUGCCACUUCCGCGACCUGGACCAGCUGGUUCAGAGCCUGGUGAGCCGCUGCACAUGCCCGGUUCAGUUCUCCAUGGUCAAGGUGUCAGAGGGGAAGUAUCGUGUGGGAGAUUCCAACACCCUUAUCUUCAUCAGGAUCCUCCGGAACCACGUGAUGGUGCGUGUAGGGGGCGGCUGGGACACCCUCGGUCACUAUCUGGACAAACAUGACCCUUGCCGGUGCACGUCCCUCUCACACAAAACAGGCAGCUUCCUGCAGCCCCCUGCCCACCCUGCACAGUAUGAAGUGAGGGUGCAGGAUGGGCCCUCGCAGCCCCAGCCUACGAUGACCAUCAGCCGCUCCCAGAGCCCGCUGCCCCCGGUGGACUGGAAGACAUACACCUCCUCAGGUCAAAAGCUGAGGCCCCCUGCUGCCUCCUCCCCCAGACCCCGCCGUGAAGAGAGAGCCGGGCCAGGGGUCCUCAGAGAGACAGCACCAUUGCUGAGGUGCCAGGAGAAGUUGCUUGCCCCAUCUUGGAGGCAGCUGCCAGCUGGGGACAACCUGCCCAGCCCUCAGUCCUCACCCACUCCCAGGAGUCAAGACCCACUGUGUACCUGCUCCGGGAAGAGGGAGGAAAGACAUCCCCCUGAACUCCCCCAGGGGAGGACUCCCACACCUUCGGUUCAAGAGAGGACAGACAGCCGGGGAACGCAUGCCAGGAACUCCACCCCCCAGAGACACCAAGCCCCCGAGGCCACCACCAAAGGGACCCCAGCAAGAGGACUGUCUCCCCUGCCGCAUUCUCCCAGCCCAGCCAAGCCCGGGGGCCCCAGGCAGCCGCCCUGCGGUGAGGCUGACGGUGCUUCCUCGCAGCUCAGGGGGCCAGCACAUGUCUGCUCUCCAUCCCCCUUCAAAGGGUCCACCAAGAUCCCUGUCCGGCUGCCCCCAGCUCGCCCCCCAACUCCGGGAAGAGGCUUUGCAGGAACUGCAAGUGGAGGUCCCAGCACAGAACUGGAGAAAGGCCCCCUUCCACUAAGGGCCAUCACUGGAGACCUGUCUGGGUCCAGACAUGAGCACUGUUCUGUGGAAGAGGGGAAGGAGGACCUGAAGCUGACAGCGGACGCUGGAGGGCCCCGGGGCCUGGGCCCACAGCACCGGGAGGGGAGGGGCACCCCCUUGCCAUCAGGCAGAACCAAGGAACAAGGCAUCCAUCACGGCCUUGAGGAGGAGCCUUCAACCAACACGAAGCUGCUAGGAGUGGCGGGUGCCCGCCCCCAGGGCACUGCGUCUGCAGUCAUUCCUCGCAGUGGCGUCUACGUGCCCAGUCUGGGGGGGUGGUGGCCUGACCCUGGUGGUCUUUAUGACAAAGUCAUCCAAGAGCUGAUUCAGGGCCCCCCACCCCUCCUUAAAGUGGACCUGGGAGCCUGGAAGGCAGCCCCUCCAGGCUCCCCUACGCCAGCUGUAACUGUAAGCCCAGGAAGCCUCAAAGGGAAACUGAGAGCCCAAGAGACUGGGCUGAGGACAGCAGCAAGCCCAAGUGCCAAGGGCAUCAGGACAGAGGUCCAAGGGGGACAGGCCUGCUCAGCCCCUACGGUGUCUGCCAGCCCGGAGCCCCUCACACCUUCACCCUCUGACCCCAGUUCCAAGAGGGCCCAGGCAUGUCCAGGCAAGGGGAAGAGAACACUCCGGAAGCCCCAGAGAAUUCCAUCCAUCUACAAGCUGAAGCUGAGGCCCAGGAUCCGGCCCCGGAGAGAUCACAGGCCUGAGAAGCGGCCUUCACGGAUCCCCAAGCCACUGAACUACCUCCGCCUGGGUCCAGUCAGGGCACCGCCCAAGGGCAGGCUGGUGAGAGCAGCACUGGGCAGCAAGGGAGGGGAGGCUACUCUGCUGGAUGGAGCCUCGGCAGGGGAGGAGGAGGACGGAGAGGAGACGAAAGAGCCAGCCGCCCCCCUGGAGAGCGGCUCCCCGCCUUUGGAGGGCCAGGGGCCCUGGCGGCUCGAUCCAGUCCCCCUCUCACCUGAGGAGGAGUCCUGGGUCUGA